AAUUACGUCAGACGGCAACGACAGAGAUUCAAGAUUUAGCGUAAACAAAAGAAAGCAAUCUGUGAUGUUUCUUUUUUAAAAUGAUAAUCAUUUCGCAUCUAGCGUUUCUGGGUGCUCAACACACCUAUAAGUACAUCAAAAGGAGAGCUCUGGAGAAUAAGGUAAAUUAUCAACUGGAUGCAAAAUACAUUUGGCAAAAUGAUCCUCCAAAACAUUAAUAGGCCUACUAACAUUUCGAGAAGAGACUUCAACAUUCUUUCCUUUUUUUAAAUUCUGUGAAAAUGUUUAAUGGUUUUAUUUACCGGUGCUUGAAGCCAAUAACUUUGUGCUAAUUCGUUUAAAAACAAAUUAAAAUAUAUUAUAUUGGUAAGUUUGAAAAAAAUUUGAAGUCUAAUUUACAGAUUAGAAAGCUUUACAUGAAUGGAUUUCCUGGCAACAAAGUGUUGGGGGUCGGCAGUUAUGGCCACGUGUACAAGUUUUCAAACAACUUGGCAUUAAAAGUGCCGGUGGACAUCGAAAGGGCUCAAGCAUUUGAAAAGGAGAUCGUUCUUCUUAAAGAGCUCAAAAGCGAUUUCAUUUUGAGUUUGCACCAUUCAUUUGAAGUAAAGCCUGGCUUACCUGUUGUGUUGACAGAACUUUGCCCACUUGACUUGCAGCGUCUGACCGAUUAUCACGGCAUACUAGAGUCAAGGUCUGUCAAGUUUAUCACGGUGUCUGUCUGUAUGGCCCUGCAGUUCAUGAGGAAUAGACUACUGAUUCAUUUCGAUAUUAAGCUGAAUAAUAUCCUGAUAAACCGGAAUGGCAUCCCCAAAGUGUGUGACUUGGGGUCAGCCCACCGCUGUGACGAGAGCGGAGAGAGUAGCUGGGGACCGAGGAUGGUAGCUUACACCAUCACCAAGAACCUCGCACCGGAAAUUCUCAUGCGCACUUCCGCUUCCGCUCAGGCGGACUACUUUGCUCUCGGCGUGAUGAUCUUCGAGUUGUACGUUGGCAGACACCCUCUCUGGCACGCCGAGCCACACGGCAGAGCAGCCAUCAAAGUGAAAAUCCUGGCUGGAAAUAUUCUCCAUGCCGACUAUGCAGAACCAACAUUCCGGGAGUUUGCUGACAACUUGAUUUGUGAUAAAGUCAAGAGAGUGAAGGACGUGACUGGCAUAUUGCACCUUAGUUGGCUUGCUGACUAUCACACUAACGUGUUCCCCAUAGACUGCAGAUCCUCCCCUCUUCUUGCAUUUGUCCAGGAAUCUUUCCUGAAGGACAUGGAGAGGGUAAGGUGUCCUCCGGAUACGGCGCACCGGCGCCUAACUCACAUUACCACACAGCAGGUGGCAGCACUCGCCCCAACUUCUGGCACUGGCGAAAACAACUGUGAUCUUGUGCCUUGGGGCAUGCCAGACGACGAGGUGGCAGACAACUUGCUUCAGUGGGAUAUACCCAAUGAUGAGGCGGGAGACAGCGGCAUAGUGGCCAUGGAGAUGCACGACAUUGCAAAAGGUGGCAUGAUGGCAAUGGACAUGCCCUGUGAUGACAUCGAGGUCGAGGAAGACAUGCCGGAAUGGGAUGCUCCGGUGGGGGACUUCGACUUUGAUUUCAGCUUUGAAGAGGACUGA